GUCUUGGAAUACGUUUGGUGCCCUGUGCUCCCCUGCAGCGAAGAAGCAUCAGGUGCCAUGGACGUAUGGAGAUGGAUGCUAGCACUCUGCUUUUUCUCAGCUUCAUGUAAAGGCAUAAUCUUUGGAGUAGGUGAAUCCGGGGGAACAACAGAGUCUCUGAAAUAUACUUGCAAGACAUAUGGCAGUGGUGUCGUCCAGGCUUUCCGAAGUUCACCUUUCUACGUGCGCUCCAACUGUCCGUUCACCUUCGCCCGCUUCACCCACAACCGGGUUGAAUGUGACAUCAGCAUACGGCGCGGGCAAAAUGGUUUGCUGGAUCUAAUCGAGAUCAUCAUCAACAAGGUCAAGACCGUUGUGCAGAAUGGAACCAUCCGGGUCGAGAAGAACAGUAUUUCUCUUCCAUAUGACCACACUUACCAGCACAUAUUUCAGUAUGGCAUCUACACCAGGCUGAAGAGUUCAUUACUCCCUCUGACCGUCACCUGGCACACUGUGGUGGGAGGACUUGACAGUGUUUGGGUUGAGCUGGAGCAGGAGCUGAGUUCUGACCUGAGUGGACUCUGUUCAAUACAAAAUUCAGUGAGAAACCUCCAGGAGCUGGUGAGAAAGUGUUUGAUUGCUGACGUCACUUGCCACGUUCAGGACCUCCGGCCUCGCUUCAAUCCGCUCUGCAGGCAGUUCUUCUCACAAACAAUAGACUGUAUGACGUUCCAAACGCCUAAAUACAUCUCCCUCUGUGACGAGAACGCUUACUCCUACGAAGGCAGCAGCGACGUCAUGUGUGCUUUCUUCAAAGAGAUUGCGCUGAUGUGUGGAAAAAGAAGUUACAUUUGGAACCACUGGAGAGCUAUAACCAACUGUGCUACACCGACGUGUCCUGGAGACCUGGUUUACAUAGAGGAGGGUUCUCCCUUUGUGCCCACAUGCUCAAACCCAGACCCCAGAUUACCCGGCGUGGAGAACACCAGCUCCUGUGUCUGUCCUGCAGAUAAGGUGCUGAAUGAUCACGCUGACGAACAACAGUGCAUGGGUCUCCACGGUUGCCCCUGUGUGUUUAUUAAUCAGAUCUACUCUACAGGAGACAUUCGCACCACCAACUGUCAAACAUGCCAGUGUGAUAGCGGGAGGUGGCAAUGCUCUGAAAACUCCUGCCAGGCCAGAUGUCUCAUUGAAGGACAGUUUGUCACAACAUAUGAUGGCAAACGGUAUGGAGUUCCUGGUAAAUGUACAUACAUAGCAUCACAGGGCCUAAACUGGUCCAUCAAAAUUGAGUUUUCGCAAACGGAAGCUUCUUUGAAAGCUGUGUAUGUGCAGCUUUUCCAGGAAAUGUAUACAUUCACAUUAGGCAAGGUUAAAGUUGGAGACCGAGAGAUUACUGAGCUCUAUGAGUCUGAUUCAGUGCUCAUUUUCUGGCAGUCUUCAAUGUACAUUCAAGUUCAUACCACCUUUGGUUUGAAGCUUCAAGUCCACGUGUUUCCUGAAAUCCUGCUGUCCAUCACUCCACCAAAACAGCUCAAUGGCCAGAUCUCAGGUCUGUGCGGCAACAGAAACGAUGAUACCACAGACGAUUUCACCACCAGCAGUGGGAUCAUCGAGAGUUCCGCGAAGCUUUUUGCUCUGUCCUGGAGUUUGGGGGAUUGUCCAGAGGAUAUCCCUAACCCCUGCAUAAACACUGACAAUGAAAUAUUUGCAGAUGAGAAGUGCUCUGUGUUGAAUGACCCCGAUGGGAUUUUUGCCAAGUGCCAUGCGUACAUCCCAACUGAUCUGUACCACACAGCUUGCAUCCAGAGAACAUGUAACUGUGGCAACAAUCUGCUGCAGUGUUUGUGUGCUUCAUUGGGAAGUUAUGCAAAUGCCUGUGCCUUUCUGGGUGUUGAGCUUGGGGACUGGAGAAGAGCUGCCAACUGCACUCUGAAAUGUCCGAAGAACAUGGAGUUCUCCUACAAUGUUCGGGCCUGUAACAACACGUGCCGCUCCCUGUCGGGCCGCGACCCUCGCUGUGAGCUGGAAAACUCUCCAACUGAGGGCUGUGGCUGCCCAGAGGGAACCUAUCUGAACCAGGAAGACAACUGCACCCCAAAGGGGCAAUGCAUGUGUCACCACAGUGGGGGUAUGACACCACCAGGACCCAUCAUUAUUGAUGGGCAACAGUGCCUUUGUGAGGAUGGAAAGCUCCACUGCUCCAAGGACUGUGGUUGCGAAGACGGGAAGGUUUGUGUUCACUGCUCAGAGUUUCCAGAGAACACGGCUCAGAAAACCUGUGACGGCCUCAAUAAACCCUUGGAUGCCAAUGUGACCUGUGUGAGUGGCUGUUACUGCCCUCCCAAUCAGUACGAGGAUCACCAUGGGAGAUGCGUUUCCAGAAAUAGUUGCACCUGUAUGUACAGUGGCCAAGUGUUCAGUGCAGGAGAGCAAGUCAAAACCAACUGUAAAACAUGCACCUGUAUCCAGGGCCAGUGGAGCUGCACAGAUGAGACAUGCACAGGGAAGUGCCAAGUUUAUGGAAAUGGACAUUAUCAGACUUUUGACUCUAAAUGGUAUCGCUUUGAUGGACACUGUCAGUACACGCUUGUAGAGGAUUACUGCGGAUACAGAAACGGUUCCUUCUCCGUCAGAGUGGAGAGUGUGCCCUGCUGUGAUGAAGCCCUCACCUGUUCUCGUACCGUCGUUCUGGAUCUGAAGGACAAAGUCACUCUGACACUGAGUGACAUGAAGGUGACCAGACAACUCCAAGAUGGUUGGACUCUGGAGCAAGAAUCCCUUUACACCACACACUCUGUGGGGCUCUAUAUAAUAGUCUUAGUGCCCAGCAAAGGUCUAACUCUGAUUUGGGACAAGCACACAAGGAUCACCAUAGAACUCCAUCCAGACUGGAGGAACAAAGUUUGCGGCCUCUGUGGCAAUUUUGACUCCAGUGAGAUGAAUGACCUACAGAUAAGUGGCUCAGCCGUGGUGAGCAGUCCACUAGCUUUUGGCAACAGCUGGAAGACUGCCACUCCUCCUUGCACUGAUGUGACCACUGAGAUUUUUCCUUGUGAACGUAACUCGUACUGUUCUGCCUGGGCUCAGCGACGCUGUUUGAUCCUUAAGGGAGACGCAUUCAAGGAUUGUCACUUAAAGGUGGAUCCAGAGCCCUACUAUCACGCCUGUGUGCAGGAGUCUUGCUCCUGUGAGUUUGAAGGAAAGUUCCUGGGUUACUGCACGGCAGUGGCUGCCUAUGCAGAUGCCUGCAGUGAUCAAAAUAUUUGCAUAGACUGGAGGACACCUGAUUUGUGUCCUGUCUACUGUGACUACUACAAUGAGAGAGACCAGUGUAGGUGGCAUUAUGAAGCCUGUGGAACGAUGCUGACCUGUGGCAAAGACAACAAUUUCCAUCACAAAUUGGAAGGCUGCUACCCAAGAUGUCCUAAAGAGAUGCCAUACUUUGAUGAGCAUACUGGCAGAUGCACUCAACUGACGAAUUGUUCCUGCUAUUUCAAUGAAACCAUUGUCCCACCUGGAGAAGGAAUAGUUAUAGACUUUGUUUUGUGUACUUGUGAAAAUGGAACAUUCAUUUGCCCUCCCUCAACAACACCUACAACUGCCACAAGUCCCACUGAAACAACUUCUAUAAGUACAAUACUGACCACAACUACUCCUGCACCAACUACGACUUAUUCAAGCACAACACUGGAAACUACGGGUUCUACACCUCCAACUACGACUUCUUCAAGCACAACACUGGAAACUACGGGUUCUACACCUCCAACGACGACUCCUUCAAGCACAACACUGGAAACUAGGGUUUCUACACCUCCAACUACGACUCCUUCAAGCACAACACUGGAAACUAGGGUUUCUACACCUCCAACUACGACUUCUUCAAGCACAACACUGGAAACUACGGUUUCUACACCUCCAACUACGACUUCUUCAAGCACAACACUGGAAACUACGGUUUCUACACCUCCAACUACGACUUUGUCAAGCACAACCCUGGUCACGAGGGUACUGACAUCAGUCACAACUCCUGAGACUAUAACUGGACCAACUUUGUCAACCACCCAAUACUCCACAGGAAGUCAAGCGUCAACAGUACCAGAGUGUUUCUGCAGAGACCUGAAACUCAACAAAAGAUGGGCCUGUGGUGACACUUGGACAGAGGACUGUUUUGUUAAGAGCUGUGUAAAUGGGAAUAUACAGUUGACCCCGGUGGUUUGCCCAGAGCCUGUGAUUCCCAAAUGUCCCAGAAAUCGGUUGAUAAAGAUCAUGGAUGGAUGCUGUGAAACCUGGAGGUGUGACUGUCGCUGUGAGCUCUAUGGAGACCCUCACUACAUCUCUUUUAAUGGUGUAACCUUUGAUUUCCUGGAAGACUGCACCUACAUUCUGGUGGAAGAACAGUCAAAGCUGCACCACCUGACCAUUGCGGUGGACAACUUCUUCUGCGUACCAGGGCUCCCAGGCUCCUGUGUUAAGGACGUUAUCGUAAAAUAUCAGAACAACACUGCUAAACUCAGUAUCAACUAUCAGGGUGCUUCUGUUAAGGCCACUCUGAACAAUGAGACUAUACAGCCACCCUAUGAGGAGGACGGGAUAAGGUUUGAAACCACGGACUACGAAGUGUUGAUCCAUCUUCCUGAGAUCCGCUCUUUUGUCUCUCUCUCGCCGUCUUUCACCCUGGUCGUCAAUCUUGCCAUGGAGCACUUUGUCAACAACACCCAGGGACAAUGUGGUGUGUGUGGUGGUGCUUCAUGCAUCCGUAGAGGAGGACAGGUCGAGAACGACACCUGCUGUCAUAGGACGGCCUAUGACUGGGUGUACCAUGACCCUAUGAAGCCACAGUGUUUUUCUGCACCAGUAGACCUACCCUGCAUUUAUCAGGAACCCACUGGGCCCCCACCUACCUGUUCUCCAAACCCACUAUGUCAACUGUUUGAACACCCAGUGUUUGAUGACUGCAGAAAAUAUGGGGAUAUGAGUAUCAAAAAGAACUGUGAGUUUGAUUCAUGUACAACCCAAAAUGCUUCUUGCUCUUCCUUGGAACAAGGGGCUAAGGAAUGUAAACAUGCUGGUGUCUGUGUCGACUGGAGACAACUGACUAAUGGAAGUUGCGAUGUGAGGUGUCCCGAAGGAUUGGUUUAUGAAGAAUGUCGAGAUAAAAAAGAUGACUACUGCUUUGGAGGAGUCGUUAAAUUAGGGUCCAUUCUUGAAGAGACCAGCUCAGGUUGUUUCUGCCCCCCAGGACUUGUCAGAGCAGGAAGCCACUCAGAAAUAUGUGUGAAACAAUGCAUUUAUUGCAAAGGACCACUUGGAGAGCCUAAAUUUCCUGGAGAGGUGUGGGAGUCUGGUUGCCACCUGUGUACAUGUAACAGUCAGACUUUAACUGAGGAGUGUUCUCCAAAACCCGUCUUACCAACGCCUGUCUGUUCCGCAAAUGCCACCUUGGUAAACACCACUUGUUGUGGUGAUCCGAUUUGUGUCGAGAAGACCUGCAGCUACAAUGGAACCACAUACAGUUUGGGAGACAGAUGGAACGACACGACUGACCCCUGCUUGUCCUUCACCUGCACUUCAAAUGGCAUUCAGAGUGAAUCAAGAGACUGUCCCUCCAAAACUUGUCCAGAGGGCGACAGGACUGUGAACAACCAGAGCUGCUGCUUGACCUGCAACCAGACUUGUGCACCCAAGCUGAACAAAAUAAACGUCACCGUCGACAACUGCUCCACCGUCAUCGAAGUACCUGUGUGUGAUGGCUACUGUCAGUCCAAACCCUGGGUACUGGCGCAUGAUUUCCUGGAUGUCCAGCAGGAGUACAGAUGCUGCCAGGAGCAGGGGUCAGAGUACAGACUCCUGGAUUUGGAGUGUUCUGACCUCACGAUCAGAAGAUACAAUUACACGCAUGUGACCAGCUGUGAGUGCAAAGCCUGUGGGAUGUCCUGAGCAGCAACCACAACCAGCGUCUUUACUCGUUAAAAUUUGAUCCUAUUGCGCUCAAAUUGAACUGAUGAUUGGGGGAAAUAUUUCCCCUUUUUUUGCUGAAAACAAUCUAUCCACUAUCAAAAUGUCUUAAAAUAACCUAUAUCACCAAAAUGUGUAAAAAAAAUCCCUAAACGGGGUUUCGCAAAUCCCUUUUUCAUUUCUGUGCUUGUUCCAAACAUUUAGAGGCCUUUUCCCCCCAUUUAUUCUCGAGGACGUAAUUCUCAUGUUGUGUUCGGGCGCAUUUCCAUGUUACAGUCAACAACACAAAGUGCUGUUUUUGUUGUCUUUUUAAACCAAAGCAGUUACCCAAAUCUUUACUGUGAAUGUGAACUAGAGACGAGUUGUCUCCUCUGUUUAACAUAACAAUAAAGGCAAUAACUGUGUGUG